AUGGCACACCAAUUCGGAGACCUACCGCAAAUACCUCAGAGUAUGGACGGCACACGCUUCACCAUCUGGGGAGCGGACCACAGUAACUACAUGCAACCGUACAAGCAACAGGCAAUCAGCUUCGGUACGAAAGAAGACAUUUAUUUAGAUAACUUCGACAAUGGGAUAGUAAGCAUGCAACCAAUGCAGCGGUUCAUGCUCGAUCAGUGUCCCCUUACUCCGGGACUACUCAAUGCAAAUAUUCCUCUACAGGGCCACCAUGAUCGACAUUACGAGCAACAAUGGCCUUCGGCGGACUACUUUCGAGACGUUUCGCCAGACCAGACUUCUGCGUCAGGCAAUUCCAGUCAAACUACUCAGAACGAACUUCGCUCGCCACACACGUACCAUCCUAUUCCGUACGGCAGCCCUACUGAAUACUCUCAGUCUGCGCUACCUUACCCAUCAACUGAACGUUUCCACGAUGCAUCAUACAUGUCUGAGAUGGCUGCACUUGGUGGUAGCAUCAGUCUGCGGGAGCUUGAGUACGAACACCCCGAGCCGGAGCCAGUCAUUGAAGAGACGGAUCACGUCGACUUGAAACAAGAAGCUGUUUGCGGCCAUGACCAUAAGACUGUAAAGAUGGAGACGACUUCUAGCUACAAGUAUGCCGACUCGGGCAUCGGCAACUCAGUGCGAGAUGCUGAGUCCGUCCAACCAAUCGACCUUUACGAAGAGCCCGCGUCGGAUUCAGACUACAGUCCCCCAUCUAGCCGUUCAGGCAAGCGGAGACGAUCUUCCGCUUCGAACGGGUGCUCAGGCCGGGCCCAAAAGCGUCGUGGUCUUGGUCGUCCGAAGGAGUCACACGUCACAAGCCCCCCAAGUUCAACCAGGCUGCCCAAGAGGCCCCGUGGGGCUUCGAACGUUUCUAGGGUGGCCAUUGAAGCAAACGCCCAACCAGACGAUCGACGGCCAUUUCCUUGCCCACUCGCCGCUUAUGGAUGUAUGUCCAAUUUCUCCUCGAAGAAUGAAUGGAAGAGACACGUCAGCACCCAACACGUCAAACUCGGCUACUGGCGCUGUGAUCUUUGUCCACCAACGACCGACCCGAGCGAUGAGCAGACAUUUUACUACAACGACUUCAAUCGCAAAGACCUCUUCACACAGCACCUUCGCCGUAUGCACGCGGCUCCCAAAGACCACUCUUCUCGCAAUCAGAAAGAGUAUCCUGUCAACGAGGAAAACCUCCCGGGGCAUCAAACACGCUGCUUCCUCUCACUCCGAACACCGCCACAACAGUCAAUUUGUCUCUUCUGCAAUGUGACGUUCGAUGGACCAACAUCUUGGGAAGAGAGGAUGGAGCACGUUGGACGUCAUCUCGAGAAGGAUCGCAAGAAGGGUCUUGAUAUGUUUGACUUCGCUGCUUGGAAUAUGGAUCAGGGGCUUGAGCGAUAUCUUCUUGAUGAAGGUCUCAUUGUGAGGGAGAAGGGUGAGUGGAAGAUUGGUAAUGGGAAGCCGAGGAGGCAUACUGCUGUUGGGAGCGACAAUGAGUCGGAAGAAGAGUGA